AUGAGGAUGAUGUCGAAUGUCACUUCUGGGGAGUACGUUGUCUUGGAGGGUUUCUCGGCUCAGCCCCAGUUAGAGAAGAUCCUCUUCGCAGUUAGCUUGCUCUUCUACCUCCUAUCCCUGGUGGGCAAAACUGCCGUCAUUUUGGUGACCCGACUGUCUUACCUCUCUCUCGUGGACCUCUGCAUCACCACCAGCAUCGUCCCCCAGCUUCUGUGGAACCUCCGGGGGCCCUCCAAGGCCAUCACCAUGGUCGGUUGUGCGGUCCGGCUCUACAUCUCCCUGGCCCUGGAGUCGACGGAGUGCAUCCUUCUGGCCGUCAUGGCCUUGGACCAUCACGCUGCUGUCUGUCGACCGCUUCACUACACCACCGUCAGGCACUCGCGACUCCAUCGGGCCGCGGUGGGCUUGGCCCCGCUGAGCGGGGUGCAGAACACCACGAUUCAGGCCACCGUCAUCUUCUUCCUGCUUCGCUGUGGACACUGGAGACUUCCCCACGUCCUCUGUGAGAUGUCCACCAUGCUCAAGCUGGCAUAUGUGGACGUCCGGGCCAAUGAGAUCCGGCUCAUAGUGGGCACUUUGGUCCUGAUUCUCCUGCCCUUGAGCCUGAUCUCAGUUUCUUAUGGAUCCAUUGCCCGGGCCAUGCUGAGGAUCAAGUCAACUCGGUUCUGGAGGAAGUCUCUGGGCACCUGCGGUUCCCACCUCCUGGUGGUCACUCCCUUCUACGGGUCCAUCAAGUAUCGGAAUUUCCACCUCUCGUCGGAACUCACAAAGCCGCCAGAAAACAAAGAAGACAUCUCAGCCGUGCAAGAGACCAUGAAGACCACGAAGCAGAAGAAGGGUAAACGAAUGGUCGUGGCUAAACUCAGGUUUUCGCGCCUUGGCUAG